AUGCCCGGCCUGCACACGACCCUCCAAGCCGUCGUCAAUUUUGCCGUACCGCAAGCCGAGAUCGAGGAUCUCGCCAAGUAUCUCGCAAGGUUCGACGCUGACGACCCCGUCCCAAGUCGCAAGUCGGAGAUUGCGAUCUUCGACCUGAGGGAGGAGUUUGAUGCUGGGAUGGGUGGCAAGUCGGCGGGACAGCAGCUCGACGAAACUGGCUAUGCCGUCGUCAAGCACGCGUCUGCGUUCGGGACGUCGGAGGGCUUGUCGACAGUUGAGGCGACCGAUUCGUAUAAGGACGAGUGCUGCUCUGCGCUCAAGGAGAUGCUCGGCGCGUCGAAAGUGUUGUGCUGGAACGUCGUCGUGCGCGAUGCGGGAAGCGGACAACCCGACACCAAGGGCGUCAUGCAGAUGAAGCUGGAGAAGGGCUUCGCGCCGACGACGGACCUCAAAGCUGUCGCCUCGUUCGCUCACGUCGACCAGGACGAAGAGUACGCCCGCACGAUCAUCAAGCGAGCGGCAGGCGACGACGUCUUCGAGAAAUACAGUCGUGCCGAGAUCGUGAACAUCUGGCGCCCGCUGCACGGCCCCGUCACGAACAACCCGCUGGCCGUCUCCGACUUCUUCUCGAUGGACCUUGACAAGGAUGUCAUGCGCAUGGCCGGGUCGUACGGAACGGCGUACAGCGUGUCGUACAGCCCGAGGCAGCGCUGGGCGUAUCUACAGCACAUGCAGCCGGACGAGGCGUACCUCCUCCGCUGCUACGACUCGAACAUGGGCAAGAACGGCGAGGCGCUCUUCACCGGCCACGUCGCGUGUGAGAUGCUGAACGAGCCGGACCCUGUUGGUCUCGAGGGCAAGCCGAAGGUGCCGAGGCGCAGCGUCGAGGCGAGGAUGUUCGUCCUGUACGAGUGA